CAAUUAACAUUACGUUCUAAUUGUCUCAGCAACAAGAAACAUUUAUUUUCCUUAUCUUCUUUCGGAAACAACAAUGGACUACAAAGGACCGUCGUUGCUGUGUUUCGUCUUCGGCGUUGCUGUCUUUGUUCACAUCACCAUUGCAGACCUCAGCUAUUCCAUUCCCGAGGAGAUGAGACCCGGAUCCAUUGUUGGAAAUAUUGCCAAGGAUCUCGGGCUGGAAGGAGGGAAAUUGGUCGCUCGUAAAGCCCGUAUUGAUACCGAGGAAAUCUAUCAGCACUACUGCGAUAUUGAUCUAAAAACGGGAAAUUUGGUCAUCAGGGAAAGGAUUGACAGAGAGGAGCUGUGUGGGGAGAAGGUGUCGUGUAUGCUUAAAUUUGAGUUGGUCCUCGAGAGCCCUUUGGAGCUGCACCGCAUUUCACUGCUGAUCCAGGAUGUAAACGACAAUGCACCCGUUUUCCCAAAGGAUACAAUUAAACUGGAAAUUAGAGAAUCGGCUGACAAAGGAGCGCGAUAUCGUGUUAACGAAGCACAUGACGCAGACAUCGGACAGAAUACGGUUAAACAUUACAGUUUACAACAGAACGAACACUUUGUUUUAUCUGUUCGAGACGAUACUGAUGGAUCUAGGAACGUCGAGUUGGUGUUAGACAAAGAGCUAGACCGUGAAAAAGAACAUGAUUUAAAUUUCGUGCUUAUUGCUGCUGAUGGUGGAAACCCACAAAGAUCAGGAACUGCCAAUAUACACGUGACUGUGCUGGAUGCUAAUGAUAACGCCCCAGUGUUUGACCAAGCCUUUUACAGAGCCAGUCUACCUGAAAUCUCCACUUAUACUGUAGUUUUCGCAGUAAGUGCCACUGAUGCAGAUGAGGGAGUCAAUGGGGAGGUGAUAUAUGAAUUUAGCCGCAUUUCAGAAAGAGCCAAAAAGCUUUUCUCACUGAACAGUAAAACUGGAGAGAUUAAAGUAAAAGGGACACUUGAUUUCGAGAGUAAUUCUAAAUAUGAAAUGCGAAUCGAUGCCAAAGACGGUUAUGGACUUUCUUCUGAUUCGAAAGUAAUGAUUGAUAUCACUGAUGUAAAUGACAACGCUCCAGUUAUAUAUAUGAAAUCCCUGAUGAACCCCGUAGGGGAGAACGUGUCACCUGGUACAGAGGUGGGCAUCAUUAACGUGCAGGACAGAGACUCUGAGAGUAACGGACAGGUCCGCUGCUCCAUUCAGCAAAACGCCCCCUUUAAGUUGGUUCCUUCUAUUAAAAACUAUUAUUCUCUGGUGACCACAGGACAACUGGACCGUGAACUAGUGUCUGAUUACAACAUUACAAUCACCGCCACUGACGAGGGCUCUCCACCUCUGUCCUCCUCUAAAACUGUUCAGUUAUCUGUAGCAGACAUCAACGACAACCCACCGGUGUUUGAGGAACAGUCCUACAGCGCAUAUGUGACUGAAAAUAACAAACCUGGCUCCACUUUAUGUUCCGUUAGUGCUCGAGACCCCGACUGGAGACAAAACGGUACAGUGAUUUAUUCUCUGUUACCCGGUGAGGUGAACGGUGCCCCGGUGUCCUCCUAUCUGUCUGUUAACGGAGACACGGGGGUGAUCCACGCUGUGAGGUCGUUUGAUUAUGAACAGUUCAGGAGUUUUAAAGUCCACGUGAUGGCCAGAGACAACGGUUCUCCUCCGCUCAGCAGCAACGUGACCGUCAGUGUCUUCAUAUCGGAUGUGAACGACAACUCUCCUCAGAUUCUGUACCCCGCCCCGGAGGGCAACUCCUUCAUGACCGAGCUGGUCCCCAAAGCUGCACACGGAGGCUCUCUGGUGUCCAAAGUGAUAGCGGUGGACGCGGACUCCGGACAGAACGCCUGGCUGUCCUAUCAUAUAGUCAAAUCCACCGAUCCGGGACUUUUCACUAUCGGUGUCCACAGCGGAGAGAUCAGGACCCAGCGGGACAUUUCUGAGUCUGACAGCAUGAAACAGAACCUUAUUGUGGCAGUGAAAGAUAACGGACAGCCCUCUCUCUCUGCCACCUGCUCCAUGUAUUUACUUAUUUCUGAUAACUUGGCUGAGGUGCCAGAACUGAAGGACAUUUCUUAUGAUGAGAAGAACUCCAAGCUGACGUCAUACCUGAUCAUCGCGCUGGUGUCUGUGUCCACCUUUUUCCUGACCUUCAUUAUCAUCAUCCUGGGUGUGAGGUUUUGUCGCAGGAGAAAGCCCAGACUGUUGUUUGAUGGAGCAGUCGCCAUCCCCAGCGCUUAUCUCCCUCCUAAUUACGCAGAUGUUGACGGCACAGGAACUUUACGCAGCACUUACAAUUAUGACGCCUACCUGACAACGGGUUCUAGGACCAGUGACUUUAAGUUCGUGUCAUCUUACAAUGACAACACACUGCCUGCUGACCAGACACUGAGGAAAAGUCCGACUGACUUUGCUGAAGUGUUUGGUCAACCAGAUGAAUCCCCCGAGCAAAAGCCCCCCAACAAUGACUGGCGCUUCACUCAGGGACAGAGACCUGGACCUAGCGGUCCCCACAUGCCGUACGGUACACACAUACGAUGGACGCCGAAGAGUGGGACAAGGGCAACCGGAGGACCUGAGGUUGCCAUGGGAACUGGCCCCUGGCCCCAACCCCCGACUGAGGCUGAGCAGCUCCAGGCCCUGAUGGCUGCAGCCAACGAAGUGAGCGAGGCUACGGCCACCCUGGGGCCCGGCACUAUGGGUCUGAGCACCCGCUACAGCCCCCAGUUCACCCUGCAGCAUGUGCCCGACUAUCGCCAGAACGUCUACAUCCCUGGCAGCACGGCCACCCUCACCUCCAACCCCCAGCAGCAGCAGGCCACAGCCCAGCAGGCCACCCAACAGGCGCUGCCCCCGCCCCAGGCCUCGGCCCAGCCCGAGCCCCCCAAAGCCGCUCAGACCCCUGCCUCCAAGAAGAAGUCCACCAAGAAGGAGAAGAAGUAGAGGUGGAAGAAUGAAAAACUCGGCCGGAUCUGAUGAGAAAUUCAACCCCCCAUACCCCUUCCAUUAGGUAUCUUACUGCUCUGCUGUCACUCAUGCUAGCCACGGUCUAAAUAAUGACAGCAAUUCACUUUUAAUCACAUGGACGAUGUUGAUGGUUCUAUGAAAGAGUGUCGUGAAGAAUCUGAAUGUGCUGAAGGCUGUCACUGGUGUUGAUAACCCGUCCUGUGCUAAAGGUCGAGUAUUGCUCACAUAAUCUUUGUCAGUGGAUCAUUUUGGCAGGGUAUGGGGGGUUAUUGUUUGUUUGUUUUUUUUAGUUAAAUCAAAUUAACUUGGACAAAGAGAUUCAGUGUAAGGAACCUUGCUGGGACAACAAGGAUAUACGCAGUGAUGUAUUCAGAGAUGAAAUGUUAAGUGUCUUUCAUGUUGGAUUUAUUGUGCUCUUUCCCUGAGGUGGAAAGUCAGCCAUUGUAAAGUACGCUAGUUGCCAUCCAUUUGAUUCCUAUAUAGGGUUAGCCUUGCAGGGUCUUAAAGCAUAAGUCCUGUUGAUAUAAGGCUGUUGUUUGACAGGUAUUACAAACUCUUCUGCAUGCUCUUUAAGGUUCAAACCACAUAUACUAGUUUAGAGUUGCAAACUAUGCAUUGCAAAAGCAAAGAGGAGACCCUGAAUCUGUUAUCCUCCCUCCAAUCGCAGGUCAAUAUAAUGCACAUGUAGCAUUUACUUGACACAAAAUGAAAAUUACUUUUGUAAUCAUAGUUUUAAAAAAAAAGUACGAGUUUAAUCUCUUGAUAUUUUUAUGACCUGAGCAUGCACCCAGAGGAAGGGCUGGCAGAGGGUGGGGUGACAUGGCGUUGUGUCAUGGAGACACCAGCCAUGCUGUCCAUACAGGUGGUAUAGCAGCAGGGACUGGCUUCUCGUGUAACACCUCCAGAUGGGCGCAAACGUCCUGCUGCCCUGCACCCUCUCCCCACCCCUCUUCACAACCCAGCUCGUGUCCUCCCCUCACUCAUUACUCCACGUUGAAAGCCAAACAAAGAGAAAUGCACUGUUCAUAUUUUGAAGAUGAUGAUGAUGUAGGGGUAGUAAUCACUUCGGUCUUUAGGGAAAUGCGUAGAUGUGGUAAACGUAAGUGCUUAGGAGUUUCUAGACACUUUGCAAGCCGCUAGAUUAUUUCCCCUCACUAUCCUGAAGUGCUGAAGACACUUCUUGAUGUGACACAGUAACAUGUUUUUUUUUUCUUUGGGAGAUGAUGAUUCGAUAGCAUAGAGGAAUUGUUUGCAUAAGAUAUGAAGUCUUUACUUUGGCGUCCAUCUGUCUGUCAGGCCUCUGGCCAGAUACAACUGCAUGAAAAGGCAGCUUGCAGGCUUGGUCACGGGGUGUGGAGGGGGUGUGGUGAGGGGUACACAGACUGAGGUGGCACCAUUACAACGACCGGAAGGAUGGGGAAACAAUCUUGGCUCUACCCACUGAAUGUACAGAGGAACCACUGUUGACUUGUCCACCCCUUAAACUUUCUCUAAUGCACUGACCCAGGUAGAGGUCAACAGAGCCAAGCACAUCUGUCCCUGUUGGUGAGGACAUACCACUCAAGAGCCCUUUGAAAAGUCCCUCCUCUAUUGAAAUCAGUGGGAAACCUUAGCCUUUACCCGUCACCUCUCCUCUCCCCUCCCCGUUCCUGCGAGGCUCUUCCCCACUGUAAAUAAACAGGUCCUGUCGAUGGUAUGAGCCAGUUCUUUGUAGGGACCACGUCUAACAUUUUCAAAACAAAAGUCCCUCUCCACAAGGCGUGGCUUACUACUGGAAUGUGUUGCAUUUUGUUUUUCAAGAAAAAUAAGAAAACCACAGUUUUAAAAAAAAAACUCAAUGAAUAAAAACCUGAGAUGUUCUUCAACAGUUUGUGUUGCAAUGUAGUAACUAAGCACCGUGGAAGCCAACUAACUCUUCAGUGUAAAUAAAUGAAUUAAAGAUAACUUUAGAUAAGUAAACAAAGUGACACACGUAGACUAGUUAACUUGUGAUAUGUGUUGCGCAUAUUUUUGUGUUCAUUUUCUCUCUACUAUCUUUUAUCACCCUGUAAAGAAACAAAACAAAAAAAAAUAUGGAAAUGUUUCUAUCCUUCUGUAACCUCUUAAUGUUCUUUUGCGGUGAUUUUAUCUUGUGCAUUUGUGAAAGAAUGCCUCAUUCUCUUUCUGUCCAUAUGAACAAAUGAUUAUAAAUAUUAUAUAUGUGUAAGUCCGUCCGCUGCUGAAUUAAUACUACUCUAUCCUGCUGUAUUAUCUUUCUUAUCAAAUGCUUAGCCCCCACGCUUUACCCCUGUGUUACUCUUAUUUUUAUGCUAAUAUUUAUAUUGCUGUUUUAUUUUCUCUUGAACACUGACAUUUCAAAUAAAAACAUUCUGAAAUCAUUUAAGAAA